UAAACUAAAUGUCAAACUCCUCUUGAACUUGAACCUGUUUUACAUCCUGCCUUUGCAUUGCAUCUAGGUUUCAUUUCAUCAUUCUUAUAGCUAGUUAAUGCAUCUAUAUAUGAAGAUAUAUACAUACAUAUAUAUAUAAUUCUGACUUAGUUCUUUGAGCUUUUCCCUAACAUUUUUACUUGUUAAUGCUCUUAUUUGCAUUAAUACUAUCUUGUUUGUGCUUCCUAUAAAGAAUAAAGAGAAAUGGAAAGAAUGGCAUGCGUUUCACACUUUUUAUUUUGUUAAUUAAGAAGUGUAAAGUUUGUUUCGUUCCUUUUUUUUUAAAUAAUUAUUGCAUAAAUAUAAUGUAUGUGUCUUUGAGAAUUGUUUUAUGAAGUAAUUUAUUGCAAUCCUUUUUCUUCAUAUAGAUUUUAAUGAACUGUUCAUUAAUAUAUUUGCACUGAUAUAAGAAAGUUUUGUGUUGAACAUUUAUGUUUGACAGAUGGCAAAGUUAAUACUAAGUAUUGUCCUUGUUAUUGUUUCAUGCUGCUUUGCUCUUCUUGCUUCAGGACAGCUUACUUAUCCAUCGGAAGUUGACGCACUGAAUGGCAUUUGGCGUAAACUCCAAGAUCCAAUGAAAAACCUCAGAAACUGGACAAAAAAUGAUCCAUGUGUAUCAAACUGGACUGGAGUAAUCUGCGCAAAUCAAGAUGAUGGUUAUUUGCAUGUUCAAGAAUUGCGGAUGCUAAAUUUGAAUCUUUCUGGAAAUCUUGCUCCCGAAAUUGCCCAGCUAUCUAAUUUGACUAUAUUGAAUUUUAUGUGGAACAAUAUUACUGGCAGUAUACCAAAGGAGAUAGGCAAUAUAAAAUCAUUGCAAUUUCUGCUUUUAAGUGGAAAUCAGUUUUCUGGAUCUUUAGCAGACGAGCUUGGUUAUCUGCCUAAGUUAGUAAUGUUUCAGGUAGAUUUGAAUCAGAUAUCAGGAUCACUGCCCAAAUCUUUUGCAAAUCUGGUUAGCUGCAGGCACUUUCACAUGAACAACAACUCAAUUAGUGGUCAGAUUCCACCAGAGCUCUACACCAUGCCUCAUCUUAUGCACUUCCUGUUGGACAAUAAUAAUUUAUCAGGGUAUCUACCACCACAAUUUUCACAGAUGCCAAACUUGAAAAUACUCCAACUUGAUAAUAACAAUUUUGGCGGAACAGAGAUUCCUCCUUCUUACGGCAACAUGCCCAUGCUGGUGAAACUAAGUCUUAGGAACUGCAGUUUGCAAGGAGCUAUUCCUGAUUUCAGUAGUAUUGCAACAUUUCGUUAUCUUGAUCUGAGCCAUAACCAACUUACUGGAGGGAUCCCAAUGAAUAGGUUUUCUGAUAACAUCACAACUAUUGAUCUAUCUUAUAAUUUGCUGAACGGAUCCAUACCUUCAAACUUUUCAGGCCUUUCUCAUCUUCAGAAAUUGUCACUGGAAAACAAUUCGUUGAGUGGAGAUGUUCCCUUCACUAUUUGGCGAAAUGUAAAUUUUACUGCUAAAGCAAGACUUAUCAUAGAUUUCCAGAACAAUUCGCUUUCAAAUAUUUCAGGCAGUAUAGAUCCUCCUUCAAAUGUUACAAUUAGGCUCCAGGGCAAUCCUGUGUGUACCUUUGCAAAUCAACUAAACUUAGUCCAAUUCUGUCGAAUUGCUCUUGGAAAUGAUGAGUUUGUACCUGCAACUGGAAGCUCAACUAACUCUACUGACAGCUGCCUACAUCAAUCUUGUCCUGUCAGUGAAAAAUAUGAAUAUGUCCUAGAAUCUCCUUAUCCCUGCUUCUGUGCUGCACCUUUAGGAGUCACGUUACGUUUAAGAAGUCCUACCAUAUCAGAUUUUCCUCCAUAUAUUUAUCCAUACAGGGUGUUCAUUACGCACAGUCUGGGCUUGGAUCUUUAUCAACUUCAUGUGGAAUCAUUUAUAUGGCAAACGGGUCCUAGGCUACUGCUGUAUUUAAAAUUUUUCCCUCAAUAUAGCAACAACACUUAUAAAUUCAAUGAUAGUGAGGUCCACAGGAUCGAAGACAUGAUUGCUACAUUUUCAAUUCCUUCGAAUGACACCUUUGGUCCAUAUGAGCUGCUCGGCUUUACACCCGGACUUUACUCAAGUGUUUAUCUCCAGCCCUCGAAAUCAGGAAUAAGUAAAGGUGCCCUAAUCGGAAUAAUCUUAGGGGCCAUGUCCCUUGCAGGUGCAAUAUCCUCGGCAAUUACGAUCCUCUUCUAUAUAAGGAGCACCAAAUCCGGGCAUGACAUAUCAAAAAAACAGUCGAUUGCAAAAAUUCCGAUCAGAACUGAUAGUGUUAAGGACUUCAGCUUUGAAGAACUUGAAGCAGCUACAAGUGGUUUCAACAAUACUACUCAAGUUGGUCAAGGAGGUUACGGAAAGGUUUACAGAGGCAUUCUGGCUAACGGAGCAGUAGUGGCAAUUAAGCGUGCCCAACAAGGAUCUAUGCAGGGUCAGAUAGAGUUUAUAACUGAAAUAGAACUGUUGUCGCGAGUGCAUCAUCGGAACCUAGUUUCUUUGGUUGGAUAUUGUAUCGAACAAGGCGAGCAGAUGUUAGUAUAUGAGUUUAUGCCCAAUGGUUCUCUCCGUGAUCUUCUCUCAGAUAGAUGCAGGCAUACCUUGAGUUUCCCCAUGCGGUUGCGCAUUGCAUUGGGUUCAGCCAAAGGCAUCCUCUACCUACAUACUGAAGCUGACCCGCCAAUAAUUCAUCGGGAUAUCAAGGCAAACAACAUAUUGUUGGACUUCAAGUUUACUCCUAAAGUUUCUGAUUUUGGAAUCUCAAGGCUUGCACCAGUACCAGAUGCUGAAGGAGCUUCUGCUCAUGUAUCCACAGUUGUGAAAGGCACACCGGGUUAUCUGGAUCCUGAAUAUUUCUUGACUCACAAGUUGACAGAGAAAAGUGAUGUCUAUAGUCUUGGAAUAGUGUUUCUGGAACUUUUGACAGGGAUGCUGCCUAUCUCUCAUGGCAGAAACAUUGUCCGAGAGGUUUAUGGAGCUUGUCAAUCAGGAUUGAUGUUUUCCAUCAUAGACCGGAGCAUGGGUUCAUACUCUUCUGAAAGCAUCAAGAAAUUUAUGGCACUGGCCCUGAAGUGUUGCCAGGAUGAUCCCAAGGAACGACCGACAAUGUUGGAAGUUGUGAGAGAGUUAGAGAACUUAUGUUCACUGCUUCCAGAGUCCGAUAUGAUUCCAACAGAGUCAGAUGCGUCCAUUUCCGGAGUGUCAGGGGUUGGCUCAUCGCAGCUCUACUUUGGAAGGAAUUCCCCUUACCCAAUGAACACUGAAAUCUUAGGAAGUGAACUUGUUAGUGGUGUAAUCCCCACCAUCAAGCCUCGCUGAUGCCAGCUGCCUUAUUUACUCAAUGUUGGAAUCGAACGUGCUCUUAUCAGUUCGUCAUGUUGAAUAUUUGGAAAACAAAUGUAAUUAGGCUGCUCAGUCACUGUAUAUGGCUUGGAUUUUACAUGAAAAAUGGAAAACAAAUAACUAUGCAUGUAAAUUCUAAAUUUCUGCAUUUUCUCUGGAAAAUGUUAGAAUAUCAUCACUAAUAAAGAAGAUAGCAUUUCAGAUUUUUUUUUUUUUUUUUGAAUGACUUUGAACUUAAUUAUCUCAUAACA